CUGGAUGUCCAUUUUUCGCUGCAACGUUGUCGUACUAGUAGUGGUGGUCGUGGUCGACGGUCCUGCGCAACAUAAACACCAAACGCAUUCCGCGUCUAUCAAGGGCUGUAGCAACUGUUACCCUCGUAAUCAUCGAAUCGAAAUAGAGCGUGCAUCGAACGUACAAGUUGACGACGAGUCGUCGCGACCGUUGAAAGAAAAGGAAGUCAGUGCUGAUAUACCUUCUAUAAAAGUGUUGAUCACCAAAUCGCAAACAACCGACAAAGAACAAUUUAGCAUUAGAACUUACAAACGGCGAUGGCUCGCCGUAGCGAUUUUCAUUCUUUACGCCGCCCCCAGCACAGCUCAAUGGAUACAGUACAGUAUUAUCAGCAACAUUACUGCCAGGUACUACCACGUGUCGGUGGUUGCUGUAGACUGGACGGCGAUCACCUUUAUGUUCUUCUACAUACCCUUCAUUCUUCCUGCCACUUGGCUGAUGGAUCACGUGGGCUUGAGGUGGACGGCGAUAUUGGGUAGCGGACUUAGCUGCCUCGGUUCUUGGAUAAAAGUUUUUUCGGCGGCCGAGGACAGAUAUUGGGUGACUUUUAUCGGGCAAUCGGUCGUAGCGACUACUCAGGUAUUCAUACUGAGUGCGCCGGGACGAUUGGCGGCUUGUUGGUUCGGCCCUAAGGAAGUUGCGACGGCAACGGCUCUCUGUCUUUUCGGAACUCAGAUGGGGGUGGCGGCGGGAUUUUUGAUAUCUCCGAUACUGAUCGGAAAUCACCAGGACCUCGAUCUGGUCGGAAGGGAUUUCCAGUUCGUUUUCAAGUACAUCGCGGCGAUCACAACUUUCGCUAUGUUUAUCGUCAUAUCGUUUUUUAAAAAUGAACCGAAAUCCCCGCCCAGCAAAUCGAGGGCCCUGCAAAAAUCUCAAAGCAACGAUAACAGGGAACCCUUUCUGACGCCGGUGAAAAGACUUUUGACCAACAGGAUAUACCUAACUUUGUGCAACUCGUACGGUUUCGGCGUUGGAGUCCUCAACGCCGUCGCCACGUUGCUCAAUCAAAUGAUCCUCCAACAUUUCAAGGAUGGAGAACAAAUCGCGGGUCAAGUUGGCCUCUUACUCACUCUGAUGGGAAUGAUGGGUGCCGUGGUGUCAGGCUUCGUCAUCGGAAAGACGCACAAGUUUAAAGAAACAGCUGUGAUAAUUUACUUCCUGACAUUCGUCGGACAAGUUUUGUUCGCCAUGGCUAUGAUGCAAGAAAUACUGUGGAUGGUUUACGUGUCGUCGAUGUUCCUGGGGUUUUUCCUCGGUAAUUACCUCACUUUGGGCUACGAACUUUGCGUGGAAUACACCUAUCCCGAAGCCGAAAUUGUAGCCACUGGGAUUCUGAACGUGCUUAAUAAUCUUUACGGAAUUUUCUUUGUCCUGGGAUUGGGAAAGGUCAUCGAUACCUACGGUGAUUUUGCCGCCCAUGUCGGGCUCUGCUCAGCUCUCUUCGUCGGCUUCGUUAUAACUGUUUUCACCAAAGACGAACAAAGACGGCAGACGGUUCUCCGAGAGAACAAGAAUACCGAGGCACUCGGUUUGUGAAUAGUUGGAUAAUUUCUUCGAAUGAGAAAAAGAAACGUAUGCUUCCGAAAAAUGGCGGUCGAUGCACCGGCGUAGUGCGCUCACGGACGAACGAGUCUCCUCCGUGGUUUUGUGCCGCAACGAUCGAUGAACCGCACGGUUCACACCGCAUGAAAAGAAGUGAUAAACGGACUGCGGAUCGUUUGAGAUCCAGAACUCGAUUGACGGUUGAAGUGGUUCCGUGUAAUUUUUAAGGAAUCAAUUAAUCUCAGUAUGUAUAUAAUAGGUUUAACAAUUUUUUUUUUUAGCUAGCGUUUCUUACGAAUACAAUAACACGAUUACGAUAAGGAUAA